GAUGGCGGCCGGAGAUGAACAGCAUGCUGCAUCUGAAGUUUUAAGAGGACUAGCUCGACAUUUAAACUGUCUAAAUGAAGACAAUAAGGCGACAAGGAAGCGAGCGAUUGAACAGAUUAAAAGAGAAACCAUUGAUAAAAAUCUUUCCAGUGGGGUGUUACAGGAGGUGUUCUCAGCCCUCCUGAAACCUCUCCUCAAAUGUCUGUCAGAUCCAAUGGAAAGAUGCAGAGAAACGGCGAUUAUGAUGUUAAGUGAGUUUAUUCGCUGUGUCCCCAAACCGGAGGAGUCACUGCCUUAUCUUAUGCCGUGCCUCGCUCAGCGGCUCGGGGAGAAGGACAUCCAGGAACCAGCGGAGGAGCUUCGGCUGUCGGCCAUGCAGAUGUUGACUCUGACGGUGGAGGUGUGUGGGAAACAGUUAGCGCCCUAUCUGAAUGAAAUGAUCAACAUACUGCAAAGAACUAUCGCCGACCCUUUCCCAGAGGUCAAAAGAGAAAGCUGCAAGUGCACUGUAAAGUUUGCAAAGGCUGUGCCAGAGCACUUUCACAUGCAGGCUGAGAGUCUGGUCAAGCCUCUCAUGCAGACUAUUUCUCAUCAGCACUCCCGGGUCCGAGUGUCUGUUAUAGAAGCCACUGGGGCAGUCAUUCAGCAUGGCAGUGGGAAGAACAUUGGUGAUGUAGCGUCUCACCUGGCACAGAGACUGUUUGAUGACUCACCACAGGUUAGAAAAGCUGUGACUAUAGUUGUUGGUGACUGGCUGCUACACUUGAGAGACAGAUACUCUUAUUUCCACACACUCGUCCCACUCCUGUUGAGCAGCAUCAGUGAUGAGAUUCCAGAAAUAAGUCUUCUAGCAGCUGAUUCAUGGAGGCAAGUAGGCACCCAGUGGGAGAAAGAGAAUGAGGAAGACCUCAAAGACAAGAUGGACUUCCUCCUCACCCCUCCACCCUUCUAUCCAGCAGGAGUUGAGCGUCCUGGGCUGGGCUGCAGAGAGCUAGUGGUGAGAAACCUUGGCCGGUUGGUGCCUGCUAUGACUCAUGAUGUAACUGACUGGUUGGUGGCCACCCGGGUCAGGACGUCCCAGCUGCUGUCUGUGCUGCUGCUCCAUGCAGAGGACCACAGCACCCAGCACCUUCAGCCACUCCUCGCCACCCUUUACAGGGCAUGCACCGACUCAGAGAAAGAUGUUGUCUCCAACUGCCUGGCAGCUGCUAAACUGCUGGGGACCUUUGUCCCCCCUGAAGUCUUCCUUAAGCUUCUGUUGGAUCAUGUGUCCACCCCCUCCUCUCCCUCUCACCCCUGGGCUCCCCUCAUGGUGCUGGCUGCCCUGCUGGGAGGCUGCUCCAAACCCCUCCUUAAACCACAUCUCACAGAGAUCGCCAACACACUGGCCCAACCCGACGUCUGCCAGGAAUAUCAACAGGUUUUAUACUUAGAGCAGCUGUUGGCCUGCGUGGAUGUGCUUCUGCAUCAGUGUGAGUCAGACUGUUGCUCAGUCAGCCUGCAGCUGUUGCAGGUGCUGGUCACUGUCCAGAGCCUCUGUACUGAGCCACAUCUCAGUGAGAAGGCUCUGCAGAGUGCACAGUUCUUGUGUAAGGUGCAGAGCCUGGAUUCUGUGACAGAGCUCUAUAGACAACAUAUGGACCAGCUGCUGGGCUGGCUGUCUGCCUCUGUCAACAACUGGUCCAGUUACUCUCCACAGAGGCUUCAACUGCAUAUCAUAGUCACACAAUCAGGUCCAGUGAUCGGGGAGUUUGUGAGCCGCUUGAUGCCUCUCCUCCAGAACUGCCUCCAACCAGACAAAGACCCAGAGAUGAGGAUGAGCAUCUUCACAAUGCUUGCCAAGUUGUUACUGGAUGCAGCCAACACACUGGAUUCCCAGGGACUUUUCCGAAAUGAAUCGGAGAAGUUCCUGUGUGACGUUCUGCUUCCUAACCUGGUGUGGCAGGCUGGUCGAACUGCUGCUGCUGUCCGCACUGCAGCCCUCAGCUGUCUGCUGGCACUGCUACAUGGAGGCUCCAUCACACCUGGACAGCUUCUGUGUAUUGAAGGGAAACUGAGUCCCCAGGUGUUGUCAGCCCUGACGGAGGACUCACAGAUGGGCAGACUGAUGGCUUGUCGCUCUCUGUCUUGCAUACUCAGACUCAUUGGAACCAGCCUGGACCCUGAGGCCCUUAACAAGAUCUACCCUGAGCUGCUGAAGCGCCUGGAUGACAGUAGCGAGGAGGUGCGUAGUGUGGCCCUGCAGGCCUUGGGGCUGUGGUUGUCCAGUCUGACUGAAGACUACAGCCCUCAGGUUUAUGCUCCUCAUCUGCAGUUCCUCUUCCGGGAGCUGAUUGUCUACCUAGAUGACCCCAACAGCUCCGUACAGGACCAAGUGCUCGAGAUCCUGAGGAAAGGCAGCUCCAUCGACCCUGCUCUUCUGAAGACGGAGGUGGAGGCGGUGAGGGACAGACAUCGGUGUUCUCUCUACUGUGACCAGCUGCUCCAACACAUCAGUCCAACAUCUGCAGAGACGCCAGCAGACAGCUCCAAGUGACAACCAACACAGACUAAGGACUUUGAAUAGAAAUCGGGUUUUAGAGAGCAGUUUAUAGCAGAAUAUUACUAUGGAACAACAGUAAAGAAAUGCCUUAAAAUUCUAAAUGUUUUCUCAGUGUAAUUUUCAGUUAUGAGGACGUAGAAUAUUAAAUUAGUAUUUUCAUGCCGAAUGUGCUUGUGAAAACAUUUAUUGCAGUUUUCUUGUUCAACUUUAAUUCACCUACUGCAUUUUAUUUGUUUUAAAUGAAAUGGAUCGAUUGAUUUAUUGUGCCUACGUUUACAUGUUUCACUUUUUGUGCUUAACCCAUAAAGACCCAAACAGCCACCGGCGACCAAAACCAUCUACUGAUCUAAAAUAUUUAAUACCUGUAAAUCCACUAAUCCUAUAACCUUCACCUGUUAUUCUAA